CACCUCUCUUCAUAAUCUUAGUUCUCACACCCUCCUCUGCUAAAUUCCCAGUAUGUUGGGCAACAGACCUCGUCCGAUGAUCGGCAAGUUGUCUGAGCUGCUGAUCUCCGGCGCCCGCGCCGCCGCGCUCAUGGACACUUCCGGGAGCCCAAGAGGUCCGUUGGAUAUGAGCUUCAAGAUGCACUCGCCCCGGGGGUUGAAAAGUUACGAUCUUGGCGGUGUUGGUCUUGGUAUUGUGGUGGCUCUCCAUAAGUCCGGGGGAGCCGGGAGGGAAAUUUUGCCGAAAUCCGCCGUCUGCAGUCCGGGUUUGACCCGAUCGGAGCCCAUCCCGGUUCGGUCCAUCAAGAACCCAGACGGGUUUCACAGGGGCGUUAAUGAAAUGGAAUUGGGGAGCUUGGAGGAUUAUACAUGCGUGACUUGUCAUCUACCCGACAAGCCCUUCACUAGGGUUUACUACGGCGAAGGCGAGAAUUUGAGAAAUGGAUUUAAUGAAAAUAUCAAACCCAACGCAUGUAAUCCCAAAAGAACUAACCCAGAAAGCGUAUGUGAAACAGAACGGUCUUAUCCCACCUCAGAUUUCCUCAAUUCAUGUCAUCUGUGCGGAAAGAAACUCGACGGCAAAGACAUCUACAUGUACAGAGGAGAGAAAGCUUUUUGUAGCCCAGAGUGUCGUUCAACACAGAUAAUAACGGAUGAGAGGAAAGAGCAGUGUAGGUCAGAAGCAUCAAGGUCCGUGGAUUUGUCGAGCUCGCCAUAUGAAAGGGACCAAAUAUUCUCAACUGGGAUUCUGGCUCUUUGACGUUUGAUAUAUAUAUAAAUAUAUAUAUAUAUAUGUAUAUAUCUGCGUCUGCCUUUGGAAGAUAAACCAGAUACUAAUGAUGCUACUGUGACCUUCUUAGUACAUAAAAUACGACUAUACUAGUAAAUUAUCAUCGUCCUUAUGAGAAUUGAGACGGAUUGAUGGUAACCCAAACGAAUUUUUGAUCGGAAGAAAUAAUAUAGAUUCUGAUGUAUUGAGAAUGAUAGUUGAGAUUUUUUUCAAGUUAUCCAACUGCGGAAACCUGUGAACCUGAGUUCUGAGUUUCACGGAUCUUUGUUCU